AUGAACCCCAAAAUCACCCCAAACACCUUCCUCACCACCACCGGACCACCCUCAGACGAAAAGACGACAAUCUUUUUCGUCUCCGGCAAUCCAGGUCUAAUCAGCUACUACCACCCAUUUCUAUCUCUACUCUCAAGAUGUCUAGACGAGGCAAAAGAGAAAACAUCAAAUGUUUCAUUUCAAAUAUACGGAUGUUCCCUCGGCGGCUUCGAGAUCACCGAUGAAUCCUCACGCCCGCCAAGUUCAACCAAUGGCAUCGACCUCGACCUAGAAGACCAAAUCCGCUUCGUGCAGGGCAAGCUCUCUGCUCUAAUGCAGGACAACUCCAACCACCAAGCUGGUAUCGACAAAAGACAGAAAGUCAUUCUAAUCGGACAUUCUGUUGGCGCAUACAUCGCCAUGGAAAUCCUCAGACGACACCGCGAGGCAAGCCCGGAAAGCGACUUUGAUAUCAUCGGUGGAGCGAUGCUCUUCCCGACUGUACAGGAUAUUGCUGCUUCGCCCUCUGGGCAGAAAUUGACGACACUGUUGUCUAUCAUUCCCCGCCUUGCUGUGGUGGUUGGUUUAUUUGCUCGACUACUUACGUUCUUACUCCCGACGGCCCUUCUACGAGCUGUCGUUGGGUUUGUCAUGAAUAAUCCCCCGGUUCAUGCUUUGGACGCUACAUGUGCUUUUCUGAAGAGCAGGGGUGGUGUACGGCAGGCUUUACACAUGGCCGCUGAUGAGAUGCGCACUAUCACCUCUGACAAAUGGAGUGAUGAUGUCUGGGGUGCUGCUUCGGCGCGCGAGCCUAUCGCUAAACUGUUCUUCUAUUUUGGUCGCAAUGAUCACUGGGUAGCUGAUCAGACGAGGGAUGAUAUUGUUGCAGUUCGGGGAAGGAAGGAUGGGGAAUUGGGGCCGACUAUGGUUGUUUGUGAAGAGGGUUUGCCACAUGCGUUCUGCUUGAACCACAGUGAUGUGAUGGCUUGCAAAGUAGCGGGUAUGAUUGGCCAGAUUGUGGGUUGA